AAAGACUUAUCUCACACUAGAGCUAUAUUAGCUCAAAGGACUUAUAUGGACCAGUUGUUACAUUGUAUACUACAGUUAUGCGCCACUACCUUGUGCUUUUCUUAGUACAUGUGGAGUGCCCCUUUAGCUUUGGCUGGUUCAGCAUGCAUCACAUCUGCUCCUGACCUGCGGUCCUGCCUGUCUUCUCAAGCCUGCAUCUCUUGCUGAAAGUUCUGAUAUCAACACCUGCCGCCACUCGUGUUCCUCCUGUCCCUCUGCACCAUCUGUUCCACCUUCAGUGGGCCCUGGGCUGGAGAUACAAGAGGGGCCAACCUCGUCAAUUCAGUCUCCUACCAGGGAGAAUCUACUUUAGUGGUUACAAUAAAAGAGUUUUAUAGGACAAUGCUGGAAAGAAGAGAUGCUAAUAUUCUCUGAGACUGCAGAACUGCCAGCCAGUGGAGGAUGAAGACAAUUAUGCCUCAGGAUGAUUUCUCUGCAGACGUGCAUAUACUUUAACACUUGACAUUAGGGCAAGGAAGAAAAAGAUUAACCCAGCUCACAGCAGAAGAUCAUUGUGCUACUUCAAGACUCAGGAGGAGCAAGGAAAGACAAAUGAGUUGAAUAACAAUGCAAACGCUUGUAGAGUUUAUUUGUAAAAGCAUUGAGCUGUGAAGGACAGGUGUAAAAGAUGGCAAACAGCUUGACUGUUCUUGGUACCCUCUGGGCACUGCUGUCAUUUCUCUCAGCAGCCACAAGCUGUACAAGCUUUUUCAUGCCCUACUGGCUCUAUGGCUUCCAAAUGGGAAAACCGGUUUCAUUCAGCACUUUUCGCAGGUGCACCUACCCAGUUCAAACGGAUGAAAGGAACAUGGUGAUGUUGGAAGAGUGUGGAAGAUAUGCCAGCUUUAGUUCCAUCCCCAGCCUAUCCUGGCAGAUCUGCACCCUGGUGACUGGUAUUGGCUGUACUUUACUGCUCGUAGUGUCCAUAGCUUCUGUUUUAGGCUGCUGUAUUGGUGAUCUUAUUUCCAGAAUGACUGGGAGGUUUUAUGGUGCUAUACAAUUCAUUGGAGGACUCCUCAUUAGCUCCGGAUGUGCCCUGUAUCCACUGGGGUGGAACAGCCCUGAAAUCCAGCAGGCAUGUGGCAACACAUCCAGUCAGUUCCAAUUAGGCACCUGCAAGCUUGGCUGGGCAUAUUAUUGUACAGGAGGUGGAGCAGCAGUUGCUAUGCUCAUCUGCACAUGGCUGUCAUGUUUUGCUGGAAAGAAGAACAAGCCAUCCCUAUACUGACAAUAUACAGAGAUUGAUGGAUUGCUGGUCAUUACUUGCUCUGUACACCUAGCAGCUAAAGUUAUUAGAUAUUUAAACUAACUUAUUAAAGUUGUGGGUAGUGUAUGACUACCCACAACUUUUUCAGUUUUGGAUUGAGAAGCUUCUUAUUUGCUCCUGUAAUUGGCUCUCCUCCUGCCAAUAUAGACACAGGAGAGGAUGCAGAGUAAUCAUCCCUGUGUGUCUGUGUGAGGAGGAAAAAAGGGAGGGGGGGAAUAUCCCCCUCAGAAACUGACAGGCACUUUCUUCCUCACAGAAGAAUCUUGGCCAGCUUGGCCAGGCAGCAGGAUAUUUUUCUUUUCAAUUAAUGAUUAUAGUAGUAACUGCUAAGAAUAAAAUGCAUGUAGAAGCUUUUAAACUUAAUUGAUUAGAUGGUACAUGCUUCCCAAUGUUUGCUUUUGUAUUUCAGGGGAGCAAGGUUAUCUGACUGCACACAUGCUUGUACUCUUCCCAAGCCCAUUGAUUACUAUUUGUGCUCACUGAUCGCAGACAUUGACAUAAAUCUGCAAAAAAAAGUGCCUGGCAGUAAAGGCUAGCAAUCUGUUCCUGUAUAACAAAGGGAAAAUACAAUCCCUAUGUACUGACAAUAUGAAAAAAGCAAUGAAAAAUGUCAAAUAUAUCACACACAAUAAACAUACCCAAAUGCUAAUGAAUGCACCCCUAAGGGGGAUCAUAGAAACAAAACAAUAUAUAAACACCAGCAACAAAUACUGUAUAUAUUAGUACCAUUGCGCUUGAAAAAUAUAGAAAAAAAAACACGUACAAAUGUAAAAGUUUCCAAGUGAAUUAUGAUCAGGUAAAAUAAAGUAUUAUACUAUG